AUGCUCAGGACUGCUACCGUAUUUUUAUUGCCAGCCCUCGCUUCCUGCUGUAUGCGGAUUGUCGAGCCUCCAGUGACAACAACAAGCACUGCCGCACCAAUUACAACUACAACUCCUGCUUGCGCGACUUGUACCGACACGACGCAGACAGCACCCGCCACUGGGGUUACGGACCAAGGCUACUACAGCUUUGGCACAGAUGCCGCAGGAUGCUCAACGGCUACAAAUAACUGUCCCGCUGAUGGAAAUUUGAGGCUUGUCACGGACCAGGGUGUGAUCACAAUCCCUCCGACCGCAGCCGAAUCUCAAGAAUUGACGUGUACGGGAGGCAACUAUCAGACGGUUUACCAGGGAAUGACAUAUACCGUAACUGAGGAUAUUUGCUAUACCAUGCCUUGUGCGUCAUGCCCCACUCCUAUCGUAGCCGCCGGGAUUACGGUAACUACGACAUACGAUGAGACAUCCUUCUGCAAACGAGCACAAUUCAGCGGAUGCGCUAAUGGAUACAAGGUCCCGAACAACGCUGGCACGAUUUUCACAAACAUCAAUGACGACAUCCCGUGCGUCGAUUAUUCGGCGGCAAACGCUGGUGGACGAUGGUACACCAACCUGAACGACAACGCCAACCAGGUCGUUUGCCGA